AUGGUUUCAGAUUCGGAGCCGGAGUCGAAGCUCUUAUUACUCCUUUCUCAACUAACCGAUCUCGAGGAAGAUACGUCUUCAGACUCAGAGUUCAAAUCAGUCAUUAGAGGGAUUUACUCUCUCAUCAACUCUAUGGAUUUGGAUUCGCAACCGAAGCCGGAGUCGGAGCUCAUAUCACUCAUUAAACAAACAAUCUCUCUUGUCAGAUCAAUACCGGAUACGGAACCGGAGUCAGAGCUCAAAUCACUCUUGACCGAACUGACCUCUCUCUUAAGCUCUAUAGAUUCCGAUCAUGAGCCAGGCCCGGAGCUCAUGUUACUCUAUACUCAAGCAUUCAAUUAUCUCCCUUCUUUGGCUCCAGGUUCGGAGCUGAUAACCUGCUUAGGGAGAUUAAUCGUUCUCGUUGAAGCUCCGGAGGAGAAGCUGGAGCCUCUUAUUUCCAUGGAUUCAGAGUUGGAGCCGGAAUCGAAGCUCAUAUCACUUGUUUCUCAACUUCUCUUUGUGCAAUGGGGGCAAGAUCUGUUAUCGCUCUCCAACCAAGUAAUCUCUCUCCUCAGUUCUCUGGAUUUGGAUUCACAGCCGAAGCCGGAGUCGAGGCUCAUGUCACUCAUUACUCAAACGAUCUCUUGUUUCAACUCUAUGGAUCUGGAUUCGGAUGAGCCUCUGUCGAAGCUCAUAUCAGCCAUUAUAUCUCAAACAUCCAACUUUAUUUUGGAAUGGAAAGACCUUUCACUCGUUAAUAGCAUACUGGAUCUCGAGCCGGAGCCGGAGCUCAUAUCACUCAUCCAUCAAAUAUUCUCCGUCGCCAUGUCUAUGGAUUCAGAGUGCCAGAAGCUUAUUUCCUUAUGCCCUCAAGUAAAGGUAAUUUUCAAGGAAGGAAAAUUUCUUGUGACUGGAAAAAUACAGGGGAGCAAUUUAAGGAUUGAUUGUCUCCCUACAUUCUGGGGAAAAAUCCGUUUGCCUGGGGAAGAGGUUACCCAUUUUCGCUGCUGGGGUUGCUCUGGGGAGAACCAUGGAACAUUUAAAAAGGCUCCACUCGAGAUCAAACACCCUCUUCAUCCAAAACAUUCUCUUCAGCUUGUCUUUUUGAGUGGAUACAAUCAUAAAAAGAAAUGCUAUUGUUGUGAUGGAGAUCUCGAAGAGAUAGUUUAUUGUUGCUUGGUCUGCACUUAUGUUCUGAAUGUCGCUUGUGUGGAGAAACCAUCACUCGUAUCUGUAGAUCAGUCCAAGUGGCAUGAGCAUACACUUGCUCACUUUCCAAGACAAGCUUCCUUAACUUGCGACCUCUGUGCCUUGGCAGAUUCAAUUCGUCCUUUCUAUGUGUGUCUCCUUUGUGACUUUUUUGUCCAUCAAAGCUGUCUCAGCUUGCCGCAUCUCAUACGGAUAUCUCGCCAUGCCCAUCGGAUCUCUUUUACUCCUUCUUUUGACCAAGGAAAUUGGUCUUGUGGUGUUUGUCGCAGAGAGAUCAACAACGACUACGGAGGUUAUUCUUGCAUCAAGGAUGAUUGUUCGUAUGCGGCUCAUUCAAGAUGUGCCACACAAAGCAAUGUGUGGGAUGGUAAAGAGCUAGAAGGAGAGCCAGAAGAAAUUGAAGAAGAGGACAUGCCGCCGUUUGUGAGGAUAAGCUAUGGUAUCAUUCAACAUUUCACUCAUGAAGGUCAUCAUCUCAAACUAGAUGAGAAUGAAGACAAAGAUUACGAUGAGAAUAAGCAGUGUCAAGCAUGCAUGGCGCCAAUCUAUUUCGGCAACUACUACUCUUGUAUUCAAUGUGAGUUCAUACUACACGAAACGUGUGCAAAUCUUUCUCGCAGAAUGCAUCACCCCAUACAUCCACAUCUGCUUACUCUAGUGACAGGAUAUGACCGUUUUAUAAGAGUUAAGUCUGGUGAUACGAUCUAUGAGACUUCAUGUUCGGCUUGUCCUUGGUUGAGCACAUCUGGUUUCUUCUAUGAGUGCGGUGUAGAAGGGUGUAAUUUUAAGGUACAUUUGCAGUGUGCCACAAUUUCUGAGCCAUUAGAUCAUGAAAGCCACAUGCGUCCUUUAUUCCUAACAUCCAAACCAGGAGAGACCAGAAUAUGUUCGAUUUGCCAAAAUGAUGAUUACACAGAAACAUUCAACUGCAUUGAUUCUGACUUCGCUUUGUGUUUCAAGUGUGCUACUUUACCUCAAAAGGUGAGGUAUAAGUAUGAUAAGCAUAUGCUCGCUCUUUCUUAUGGGAAGGAGACAAGUACCAUGACGUAUUGGUGUGAAGCUUGCGAGGGAAAGAUAAAUCCGAAGAUGGGGUUUUAUAUGUGUGAUGAGUAUUGUUGUGUAAAUCUACACAUUGAUUGUCUGAUUGGGAAGGAUUUAUACAUGAAGCAGGGUGCUUCGUGGUUAUACGAGAAUAUAAAAGUAGAUGUUCUGCCUAACAAUCAGUAUGUGUCUCGACCUCUUUGCUCCUAUUGUGAGAAGCGUUGUCUUUACAAAACAGCGUUUCAGCGCUCUGGAGUAAUAUUUUGUUCAAUGAAAUGCAUGGGUGAUGCUAUUCGUUCAGAUUGA